CCGCUCUAGGCAAACAUAGCUGUACGCAUGCGCACCGCUCAUAGCAACACUCAGUGGCAGCAAAGAACCCAACGGAUUGUUUGUGCGCAUUUUUAGGACGAAAAGAGAUAAAUCACCCUAAACAGACUCGUAGGAAUCAUGGGGAGUGUGUUCCUGCCGGCGGACGCGGCCCACUCGGUGCUGCACCGGCUGCGCAGGGCCAACUUCUUGCUGGAGGAGAUGAAGCAGGGUAACAUUCAGAGGGAGUGCCGCGAGGAGAUCUGCACCUAUGAGGAGGCCCGCGAGGCUUUCGAGAACGACGAGAAGACGAGACGGUUCUGGGAUGAGUAUGUGCGUGAGAGCAGUCCUUCUGGAGGGCUGGAGACAGUGGUUGGAGGAGUCCACUCUCUCUACUUAAUCGUGCCAUUGCUGGUGGUUGUGCUCAUCGCUGUCGCCGUAGCCAUCACUGUGUGGCGCUACCACUCCCGCAAGCGCUCGCAGCGCAGCCCCAGCCUGGGACACUCACAUAACGACCACGUCCUGUCAGUGGUGUCUAUGGACCAUUGGGGGAGGGAUUCAGAACUCAGCGUCCACAGCAGCCCAGCUUAUCCAGGCUCAGAGCUCAUAUCAGGAAGAGGAAGUGCUGGAGAACCGCCGCCAUCUUAUGAAGAGGCUGUGGGCCAUGCAGACGUCCAAAUAGAGACAGAGCCACCUCCACAGUAUGAGGAUAUAGUCAACAAUAGCUCUACAAGUGUCAGCGGUGGCCAUAGGAAGUAACCCUGUCUCUCACUACUACCCCAACAAAAGCCCUAACCUACACUAAGACCAUCUGAUCAUUUAGCAGUAUCACUGUUGUGCAUCACCAGCCUUCCCCAUGCAACACAUUCAGAAAGACUAUUAACUGUCUUGUCAAUGGACUAAUGCAAUCUUUGCCUGAGCCAGCGCUGUGGAAACUUGCACUAACCUUUUUUAAUCAUCGAGGUGAAGUGAUAGCAAGAAGGACAUUGCAAUACCAAAACCAACAAACCUCUGCUGAUUUUCCUCAAGUUGCAGCUAUGCUGUCACGCUGUAGCAAAUCAUUUAACUCAGCGUGCAUAAAAAAUGUUGCACGUAGAGUAAAGUAAAGGUUUCUGAUUGCCAAAAUGGACAACCACUAUUCCAAAUGUCUGUACGAGGGCUGGAUCGAUGCUUUAUUGUAGUUUAGUGCCAAUUUAUGAGCCUUUAGUGGCCAGUAGCAGAUAUUUUGCAAAAUUUUUUAAUACCUUUUAAAUUUGAUCUCUUUGUAAGAAUUGUGUAUAUUGCAUACUUUUAUAGUGUAAUAAUGUCAUAAAAACAAUAGACUAAUGAAUGAUCACAUUGCGACUCAUAAAAUAACACACAUAUGAGACUAAAAGAAUUAAAAACAGAGGUGUGAAGUACUGCUUCGGCUUGUCCUGAACGGCUGCUGGAAGUUUUACAAGAUACCAGAUGUCACUGUGUUUGCUGUGUUUGAAGCCCUGAAGCUUCAAAUGUUUUUCUGCACAAAUACAAAGAAAGACAGACAG